UGAACGUGAUUUGUUUUCUUACUUUCAACUCUUUUAAGAGAAAGUUGUGAAUAAACACAUAUUUUAUGCUGCUACGUGCUUAUCAAAACAAAUGUGUGUUAACUGAGAAGUAGUUUAUCAGUCUGUUGUGGAUCUAGUAUAACAGUAACAAAAUAAAAUGAAAAGUAAAAUGAAUACGAAUGAGAAUACUAAAUCUCGUAUUAAAAAUGAUCACAUCGUGACUGUACUAGUUUGUGCUAUAGCAAUACCUCUAUCUAUGUCUUUAUGGAUAAUUAAUAUAAUAUAUACUAAAUAUGUAGCUAAGAAUGCAGGAUUUGAUGAGCCUGUGGUAAUAUCACCUGCUCGCUGGCUGGCAGCAUGUUUCAUCCCUAUUAUGAUAGCCUUCUACGGCUACAGAAAAAAAAGCCUCAACCUAAGCGGAGCCAUACUUGGUUUCUUUGUGGGAUUUGUGUUAACACUGAGCAAUUUUUGCUUCCUGGCAACACUGUUUACAUUCUUCAUAUCUUCAUCUAAAGCAACCAAAUUCAGGCCACACUUAAAACGGAAAAUUGAAGAGGAUUUCAAAGAAGGUGGCCAGAGGAACUGGAUCCAAGUUUUGUGUAAUGGUGGCAUGGCAACACAGCUUGGGAUACUUUACCUGAUGGAUGUUGGUGCUGCUGAGAGACCCAUCGACUUUUUAAACUACUACAGAGCAUCUUGGCUAUCUAUGGGAAUCCUUGGUGUACUCUCCUGCUGUAAUGGUGACACGUGGGCCUCCGAGCUAGGCACCGUUUUAGCCAAAUCUGAGCCCUUCCUAAUAACAUCCCUAAAACGAGUUCCACCCGGCACUAACGGCGGUGUCACAAUCAUAGGCACUUUGUUCAGUAUACUUGGCGGCACGGUCAUAGGAAUAUCGCAGUAUCUGGCAAUUUUGUACUUUUCUGACAAGGCGUCGUGGGAUAAUGCUCCGCCCCAGUGGCCUAUUAUUUUAUUUGGAGCCCUAGCUGGAUUUCUGGGCAGCUUAAUUGAUUCUCUUAUGGGAGCAACAUUGCAAUACUCGGGGUUAGACAAAGACGGCAAAAUUGUGUCGCACUCCUCCAAAACAGUGAAGCAUAUUAGCGGCAGAAACAUUCUGGACAACCACAGCGUGAACCUCAUUACUACCGUAAUCAUGGGUCUCCUUAUGCCUACUAUAAGUAAAACAUUAUGGCCAAUCAUAUGAUGUAUUUAAAACUGAUAGAGCACAGUAAAUAAGAUCAGCAGACCAAUG